AUGGCUAACGGAACACCCACGAACAUCUCCUUCCCGGGAUGGCUAUUAGUUGCGGUUGCAAUUGUUCACUGGUAUCAACCAUUGGUGGCAUCAUACAAUGUAGCAGAGCAUAGACUGGACUAUAUUAAGUUGGGUGAAGGUCGUGAGUAUAACUAUCACUACAAUGAUGGUGUAUCAUCAGGGUAUGACAAGCGUAAAUUUUACAAGCGACCGCAAGCUUUCAAGCAUCCAUACACGCUGAAGAACUUCCCAUCGCCAGUCGAACAGAUUGCCACGAAUGAAUUCCAAACGCAUCCGCAGCAAACGUACAUGUCGCAGGAAAGCUUGUUGCCGGUGUACGAGUCGCACGAGAAAACUGUGCAUUACGUACCUGUGGACUAUUCUUCCUCCAAAUUAAUUACCAGCCAAAAGGAAUCGCCAUAUACGUUGACCCAGUCGGUUGGCCCAGUGUCCUACACGGGCAGUUUGGCCGAGCGAGUCAUCCAGAUGAUACAAUUGCAUCAUCCGCCAAGUGCAAAGAAUGUCAGUGCCGCCACUGCAACCGGUGGUAGUGCUGGAAGUGGCACGAGCACUAGCACAGUACACUUCCAAACCCCAAGCGUACAGUACCAUCAACAUCCCGGAAGUUAUCAGUAUUUCAAUGCACACCCAGCACCAUCUCAGUACGAGCUGGUACGGCCCAUAAGCAACUUUCCGCCACCAAGGCCCUACAUUGCACCGACAUUGACCACAACCAAGGCACCGUAUGUUGCUCCAUUCCUGCAAAGAACAACCACCACCAGCACCACGACUACGACGACCACGGUUGCUCCACCGACCAGGCGGCCGUACGUUGCACCAGGGGUCACGAACGAUCCGCUACUGAACUCAGUGGUCCUCGCAAACCAGCUUAAGUAUACCACCUCCAGCCGGCCAGCUGCGGCUAAUCGACCGGUGGCCACGGGCAGCAAUGGCAGUGGCAAUCCAUUGAAACCGUACGAGCCCGAGUUUGACAUAGACAUACGGAUCGAUUUGCGCGAUGAUUCCGCGUAG